GGAACAUGUGGGAAAGGUGGGCAGGGAAGGGUGGUACUGCUGGCAAUUAUACAACCAAUCCCCCAGGAGCAGUGAAGGGUGGGAAUGGAGCUCAUGCCCUCCAGGAUGUGGCUGACUUCAGCAUGACAAUUAGCUGGGAGAAAAAUUGGAGGCUGGGCACAGAGUGAGACAGGCAUCUUCCCUGCUGCUCAAUUUUGAGUCUACCCCUCUGACCCUCUGGGAAGCAAGGACAAUAAGACAGGAGUUCCAGAUCGUGGGAAACACAUUCGACUCCUUCAGCCAUGAAGGUGGCUUUCCUGACCUCGGUUUUCCUGAUCCUGGUCCAAGCACCUCUAGGUGGUUGGACAGAGAAAAAAUGCUGGAAUAACACGGGGCGCUGUCGGAAUCAGUGCAAGAGUACAGAGACCGACCAUUCUACAUGCGCCAAUAAGAAAAGGUGUUGUGUGCCCACAGACAGGUUCCCCAAGGAUUCCUGGGAAUUGCCAGUGCCGGACAACACAACUUCCUCCACAGAAAUAACACUUCUCACAGCCGGAGCCUUGAACAUUCUAGCACCUGGAGGCACCGUAGCCACCAACGCCACCAAUGCCCCCAUCCCUGCAGUUGCCCUGAUUACACCUUCGGGCAAUAAUCCACCCUCCACGGUCGGCGAUUCAGCCCCCCUAGCCGGCAGCCCACCACCCUCAGACCACAAAUUACAGCAAGACUCCUCCCUUACAACCGAAGCUGUCCUUACUGACCAAGUGACCGUGCCCACCCAAGUGAUUCAAGUGAAUCGAGUGAGAAAUAAGGAGUAAGAAAUAGCAGAGAGUUUGGACUGCCUUUUCCUGGUGCCCCAUCAGGGUACCUGUUCAUCUCUGGGCUCCAAUAAAGCAUU